ACCUCUUCCCCUCCAUCUCUUUUAUUUCAUCUCUUUUCCUCUAUUCCUCUUUCUUUUAUUACCCUCUCCUCCAUCCACUGCUGCUCUUUUCCUCUCAUCACUGUUCUCCCUCUCCCUGCUCCCCCCCCCCUCCCCCUGUUUUUAUCAUUUCCCCUCCUCUCAUCUCUUUGUCAUCUCUCCUAUUUUAUUCUCACCCUUUCCCUCCCUUUAACAACUCUUCCCCGAAUCUCUCCCCACUCUCCUCUCCUCCCUUUGCGCACGCACCCAUCUCUCCCCACCUCCUCGUUUCUCAAUGAAUCCUUCUCCCAGGUUCGACCCCUCCCACUUCGUGUAAGCACUUAAUUGUCAGUCUUGACGAAACUUGCGUAAAAGCUUAAAUACCGUGCGCGCCUCUGUCUUUCUCUGAGGGUUAUCUCUUGUGCGUUUGUGUGUGGAGGUGCCAGUGCGUCUUUUCCUCCUUCUUCCACCUCCUUGUGCGCUUCGGCUCAUUUCGUGCCGCUGACCCAGCAGCAUGCAGGUGUCUGUGGCCCUCCUCGUCUCCAGCUCCGCGCUCCUGCUGCUCCAGGGAUGCUGCACCGCCGUGAAGGGAUGGAAGGGACUAAAAAACGACGCCACGGAGAUUUUACCGGAGUACAGAGAAAAUACCCGGACGCCCCCACUGGACGCGAACCUUCCGCAGGAGAGCAACGGCCGAAAUAACACAGUGAAUAACAGGGCGAAAAACGGUGGAAGAAACGCAAACGCAGUCUCCUACAGUGCCUCGGAGCUGAGCUGCAGGGAGCUGCGUUCCACCCGUUACAUCACCGACGGAUCCUGCCGCAGCGCCAAACCCGUCAGGGAGCUGGUGUGCUCGGGCCAGUGCAUGCCGGCACAUCUCAUGCCAAACUCCAUCGUCCGUGGCAAGUGGUGGAGGAGCAGCACAUCGGACUACCGCUGCAUCCCGGCUCACUCCCGGACGCAGAGAGUCCAGCUGCAGUGUCCUAACGGCAACACUCGGACUUACAAAAUCCGCGUGGUCACCUCCUGCAAGUGCAAACGCUUCAGGCCCCACCACAACCAAUCAGAGGCCAAGGAGGUGCCGAAGACGCAACGCGGCAAGAAGCACGGCCGCUUGUCUCAAGAUCGGAAAAAGAACAACACGCCGCUGGUGGGAAACUCGUACUGAUGCAGCUCGGCAGCAUCUGAGGACAAAGACUGAAGCACAUUCACACACAAACACACACACACACACACACACACAAACCAACAUAUCUCCUUCAAAUACGGAGGAGAUGCAAGUUUAAAGAUAGCAAAUUCAUAAGCUAAUUGCUGGGCUGACUUUAAGUCAUCUGUUUGUUUUUUCAGCCACCUGUGAGCAUAUUUGUGAACUUUGCUUAUUUGCAUGACGGGAUGAGUCGGUGCCCGGGCCCGGCCCGACUGUGACUGGUCAGGAGAUGUAGCACCGUGAUGGAUAAUACGAACCGAGUAUCUGAUCACCCUAACAGCUCAAAACCUCCCUGGACUCCAUUCUCUCUUCCACUCAAACUGAUUUCGUUUAAAUGCUCCCCGAGCCCUCGAGUCCAUCUGUACAAACAUCCAGAGGAUGCAGAGCUCCGCUGCACCGCCGCUCUGUGAGAAGCUGGAAAGGUGUACCUCCGCUCCAAAUUGGUUGUAAUCCAUCUCCUUUUGGCCGCGUGUGGAGGAGAUGGUGGCAGCUCAGGGGCUCUGGCGGUGGGAUGUUGACAGUCUUGGAGAGGCCCAGGCUCCACGCAGCUCCCCGACAACCCACUAAAGGCCUCACUCAUCGGGACAGACCUACCGCACUCUCCACGCUGCAUCAACCCCGACCCGGCCUGUCAGUCACAGCGGCGGCUUUCCCACGACCAGACGCAGUGAGUCAGGAGAGAAAGCAAAGCGUCUCUCAGCGAACAAACACCACAGGGGGCACUGGGCAUUCCGGUGGCUCCUCUUAAUUACUAAAUGAGCCCAAUCCUGUGUUAGGAUUUAGGUCAUGAAAAGCCAUUUCCUCCGGCCAGUUCCUGUUUGCUGGAAUCACACACAGAAAGCGCACAUGUGUGUAGGAGGCAUCAGAAAAUUGUGCGUGGUCGUGCUGUUACCUAGGGGCAGAGCGCUCUCCAACACGCCCACACUGGAAUUCUUCUGGAACGGGCCAAGCAGAGCAGCGAGCGACCGUUCGCAGCCAGAUAAAAGAAAAAGAAGAAUUCUGUGUCAGCCUGCAAGAUUCAAGACACCUCCACUCGGCUCUGCUCUGUAAAUAACUCCGACAGGAAAGAUAGGAACAGAAAUAACCUAAAAGAAAACAGCAAUUCACUUUUUUAAUCAUUGUAUCGACUCCGAAAAUCCGACAGGAAGAGGAAGUCGGUGCCAACGCCGACAAACACGACCUCCUUCCUCCGACCAGACUCAACUUCAUGAAGAAGAUUCACAAUGUUUCCACAGAUUGUUCCGCUCAUGUUGCUUCCUGAUUUCGGUCGUUCUGAGAAAUGUUUGCUUCUUCUCCCCCAACCUCCUCCACGACUUCUAAAUUUGAAAUAGCAACUGGAAGGAGCUGCGAUGCAAACCUG